GGGUGGCAUAUGCGCAUGCGCAAGAGGAGGGGGGCGCGGCCCCCUGCCCCAACGUCAGUCUUCAGCGCAUGCGCCCGAGCAGCAGGGGCCGGCCUCCGUAAAGGGGCGGGGUUCCCGGCGGGCGGCGGCCAAUCAGGGGCGAGCUCGCGGCCCGAGCGUUCGUUCCGGUCCGGCGGCGGGAGCGGGAGGAUGUUCUAUCAUAUCUCCCUGGAGCACGAGAUCCUCCUGCACCCGCGGUACUUCGGGCCCAACCUGCUCAACACCGUCAAGCAGAAGCUCUUCACUGAGGUGGAGGGGACGUGCACGGGCAAGUACGGCUUCGUCAUUGCCGUCACCACCAUCGACAACAUCGGCGCUGGCGUCAUCCAGCCAGGACGCGGCUUCGUCCUUUACCCUGUCAAGUACAAGGCCAUCGUCUUCCGCCCCUUCAAGGGGGAGGUGGUGGACGCUGUGGUGACGCAAGUGAACAAGGUUGGGCUCUUCACGGAGAUCGGCCCCAUGUCCUGCUUCAUCUCCCGCCACUCCAUCCCCUCUGAGAUGGAGUUCGACCCCAACUCCAACCCUCCUUGCUACAAGACGGUAGAUGAGGACAUCGUGAUCCAGCAGGACGACGAGAUCCGCCUGAAGAUCGUGGGGACGCGGGUGGAUAAGAACGACAUCUUUGCCAUCGGCUCCCUCAUGGAUGAUUACCUAGGUCUUGUGAGCUGAAGUGUGACUGUUCUCUGAGUGGCGGCUGGGCCCCGAGGCGAUGGGCCUCUGCUGCCUCCCGCGCCGUGGUGGCGGGACACGCGCGGUGGUGCCCAGCGGACAUGGGGAGCAGAGCAGAGGGCACCCGAUUACCAGCCUGGCUUCCCUCUGCUCUUUAACCGUUUCCCAAUAAACGAUUCUUUAUUUUUUAAUAA